AUGGCUAUCAAGAUUCCAGGCCUCCCCCUUGUCCGUCUACAUUCGCCAUAUUGGCAAAAUGUCAUAAUGGGAUUGAUCGUUGCUAUGACUGCUGGUCUGUAUGAAGCCUUGAACUUACUAGGAGCUGGCGGGGGUCGUCCCAAUUCAGCACAGACAGUGCAGGUAGUGAAUGCCACACUGUGUGCGGUAUGGGUACUUUCGUCCACUUUCAGCGGAAGUUUACUGAAUACAAUCGGGCCUGCUUUGACGGCGUGUCUUGGUGUUGUGGGAUACAUGAUAUACAUCGGAAGUCUUUGGUACUUUGAUAAAACCGGACAUGAAGGGUUCCCAAUCUUUGCUGCCGUUGCUAUUGGAAUCUCCGCUGGUUGUCUAUUUUGCACGAUGGGUUAUAUAUCCAUGUCUUACUCUGAAGAACGAGAACGAGGGUCAUUCAUCGCAUUGUCGUUCAACCUGCAAGCUUUCGGCGCAGCUGUAGGGGGUAUCAUACCACUACUGAUCAAUCGGAAAUCUAGCAAAGCUGCCGGCGUCCCGGAAGUUGUAUAUAUUGUCUUCAUCGUGAUACAAGGGUUCGCCUGUCUUUUUGCUUUCGCGCUGCGACCCCCUUCGAAAAUUACUCGAGAAGAUGGUACUCAACUAGCAAAUAUCAAAUCUCGUGGCUUCGUAGAGGAGCUGAAGUCAACUCUCGAGAUAUUCAGGGACUGGAAAUUACUUAUAAUGAUUCCUGCUUUCCUCCCUUCUGAAUGCUUUCUGGUGUACGCUGGUUCCGUAAACGCCUUUCACAACAGCCUGAGAGCGAGAUCUCUCUUGUCAUUCAUUGCUGUUGUGGUACAAAUUCCCGCUGGCAUCGGAUUACAGAAAAUACUGGACCACGACAAAUGGUCGCGCCGUACAAGAGCUAUAGUCGGCCUGGUUGUUAUUGGUGUACCCUUGAUAGCCGCCUGGACUUGGGAAGUUGUUCGAACUCGCCACUAUAAUCGCUCUCAACCACCAACGAAUCCAACCGACUGGAAUGAGGAUGCCUUCAUCCCCAUUUUUUUCCUUUUUGUCUUGAACUGGGUGUCCAGUGUACUAUGGCCCUACCUCAUUCUCUAUUUCCUCGGCUGUCUGACAAACUCCCCUCGCAAGUCAGCAAACUACGCAGGAAUUUUUCGAGCUAUGCAAGGAGCCGGCGAAGCUAUAUGCUUUGGUGUUGACUCAAUAGAAGUCCCUUAUAUCAAGGAAGCUGGCGUCCUUCUCGCAUUUUAUACUGCAGGUGUGAUAAUAUUCGGUUAUCUUGCCGUGUUCCAUAUAUCUGAGACGCAGUAUUUUGCCGGAGAAGAAGGUGUAGUUUUACCAAAGCGGGUCCUGGAUGGACAUGAGAUCGAUGAGGACAGGCACGUCGACCCCGAUUCGAAAGUUGCUACGGAGGGUAAAUCUGGAUCUACUCCGUGA